CAAAAUGAGGUCACUAGUGUUUCUUUUUGCUCUUCUCUUUGCUUUGUGCACUCAUCCAUUUCUCGGUGAAGCUCAAGGAGGGCCAAUCAUGGAACUAGUGAUUGACACAGAUAACAAUACUCUCCAGGCCGGCAAGGACUAUUAUAUCCGGCCCGUCUCCAUCAGACCAUCCAUCAUUUGUCGCUGGCUGCCAUGUACAGUUGGCGCCGGCUUAGCCCUUCAAUCAACAACACCAAACAAAACCUGUCCUCUUAACGUUGUGGCCGAACGUGGGACAGGUCAGGCAGUAACAUUCACACCGGUUAACCCUAAAGCAAAUAGGGAAAUCUACACUAACUCCGAUUUGAACAUCAAAUUCGACGUUAAGUCGAAUUGCCCUGAAUCCACGGUGUGGAAGUUAGUGAGUGAUGCUUCAAGUGGACAAAGGAUUGUGACAACUGGUGGUGUUAUUGGAAACCCUGGAAAAAACACAGUUAACAAUUGGUUCCAGAUUCAGAAGGAUGAUAAUGAUUACAACUUCUAUUUCUGUCCUAAGGUUUGUGAAACUUGCAAGCCAGUUUGUGGGAACAUUGGUGUGUUUCAAGAUAGUAAUGGGAGUUCGCUUGUUGCUAUCACUGAUCAACCAUACAAAGUUCGGUUCCAGCCAGUAUCUUCUUAAAUCGGUCAAAUU